UACAGCUGGGACAUAAUUGCGUCUGCUGUCGCAGACAUAAUGCUGCUAAUCCCCCAACCGACACAAACAGCACAAAGACUGUGUUCUGGGUAUAUUCUUGGUUUUAAAAGAGAAGUUACUGUCGUAUAACGUGGAUGGUAACGGCGGCAGGGUAAGACCGCGACGUUAAGGAAAUCGAUUAAACGGGAGAAGAAAGAAAUGUACACAGACAACAGCAAAUACGACAACAAUAACAUUUGAAACAACAGCAUCAUCAUCAGUAAACAAUGAUAAAUGCAACUUGACCCACAAUGCAUCAGGAGCCGUCUGCUAGUGCUGAAAGUAGUGCUCAACUGCGCAUUGCGCACACUGAUGACGAUAUAGUUCGCGCCGAUGACGUCCCCGUGCUGUCGUGUGAAAAUGGCCAGUGGUCAGGGCACCGUCCGAAAGUGAAACACUCGACGUACGUGACCACACCGCGAUGCUGUACUUGUGGAAUCUUCCUCAGACCCGAGAAAUGGCGCGUGGGCGCGGUGCUCGUGUUCGGAAUUGUGCUCAUGUUCCUCGCUCUGGGACUCAUUGUCGCGGGAUCUCUCAAACUCAACCAAUGUAAAGGCGUGUCCACCGUCCAGUUGAAGCACCCCUUGGGUACAAGCACGGUACAAAUAAAUGACACAUUUUUCACAAUUAAACAGUUAACAGCACUGAACAACUUUGCGUUUCAAAAACCGACCGUCCAAUCUUCUACCGAUUCUACAAUUGAGAACACACCGGAAAUAGAUGGUGUAUCAGCGAUGGCGGUUGAUGGCAAUGUAGAAACAUGCUCCAGAACAGACGCUGAACGUGACCCCAGGUGGCAGGUCGAUCUAGGCGGAGUGGAACCAAUAGGAAGUAUUAGGAUCGCUAGUAGCAACACGAGCAUUUUGCACGAUUUUGAUGUAUACCUGGGAGAAGAUACAGAUACUAGUGCUAAGAAGUUGUGUUACCACCACAACGGUCCUGUCAGACAACAUCACGCCAGGAUUGUAUGUGACGAGGAGAGUAGUGGAAGAUUUGUGUCUAUUGUCUUACGUGCCAGUGCUUUAAAUAAACUGGAGAAUUUGGUGCUGUGUGAGGUAAUGGUGUUUGGGCGGUGACGUUGGUUCGUGGUCUACACGUGACGUGGAUAAUCCUGUGAUAACUAAAAACACAUCCCAAGUGUUUAAAACAGAUUAUGAGUGUGUAGUCCAGCUAUCGUCGAACGUCAUCCUAGAUUACGACCCACUUGGAUAUCAGGAUGGCUGUUCAUACUAUGCAUAUAGUAGGCGAAGAAUGUGAAUCAGAACAACAUGGGUGAUUAGAUGUCGGAGGACAUACCACCAGUUGUGGCAGAGAGAACAGGGAUGCUAAAAACAGGACAUUCUAAAUAUUUCUUUAACUUGAUAUUUGUAGUGAAGAAAACUGAUUUAUGUGCUAUUAUUGGUUAUUUCAUUUUAAGGCACGUGUGCAGGAAAUUAUUUAAGUGUCUAGAAGGUAUCUAAACUGUGGCUAGCGAAUUAAUUUUUUUUAUUAUUAUUAUUAUUAAUAUUGUUUUGGGGGGAGGGGGAGGGUAGGGUCAUGCUCCCCUAGAAAAUGCAUUUAAAAAUAAUUUUUGCUUUGGAGGUUUCGACCCCUCUUGGCACACGCGCCUGUUUCUGUUUCAACAUGCAUUAUUAGACAAUGGCAACAGGCAGUCAAACAACAUUCUUUGACCGCAGUCAUGGCAGUGGCACACCAGCAGUGGAGAGGAGUUUCGAUUCAUUAUUUGGGUGAGGUGGGAGUUGUGGGCUCUGACAGACGGACUGCUGGUAUCGGCAUCGUCAGUGUUUGUCAAUCCGUCUUACCCUGACUCGAUGUCACCAUCCGUUUAACAUAUCUGUUUGUAAUAGCGACCCAACGAAUUUUCAAAACAUUCCAACAUAGCAUGUUUUAUUACCACAAGAAGAUGUUCGAAUACAUAGUAUUUAAUAUUUUAUUAUUUUCAAAACUGAUCCAUAAACUUUUAUUUAUCAAGUAGCGAUAGAGUAAGGUAAUUUGAGUAUUCAAUAGCAUACAUGUUUGAAGAAAUAUUAAGUGGAUGUGACGCAUCAAACUUUUAUAAAGCUUCCUCUGUUUUCCAAAGAUAAAAAUCCUAAUUCUCUGUUCAAGAAAUUUUUAAUUAAUAUAAAUUUAGUAGUUUUAGUUAUUAAUAACAUUGUUUGUGUUUAAUUAGCAGAACAUUUCAUUACUGUGAUUAAAGGAACAUCACCAACAACGACGACGACAACAACAACAACAACAGGCUGCACAUACAAAUGUGAAUUUAGUCCGAUGAAUAUAUGAAAUUAUGCCGAUGUUUGUACGCCGCUUUAGUAUUUUGGAUUGUUAAUGGAAAUGAUAUAGAUGUGCUUUUUCUGAAAAUCUGGUGCUAUCAGCAAAUAGUAAUAGAUAUUUGUGGUAAUGUAAUAUACAUUAUAUAUAAACGUGUAUUUAUUGUAUUGUAUAUUUAUUCCGGUGAAGUACAACUGGUUGUAUAUAUAAACACAAAAGUCACGAAUCGUUACACCUCGGCUGUAUGAAACGAAGGAUUAUCGUAUUGAUGUCCAACAUUGUGCGCAGGAAGUGCUCAUUACAUAUAGCGAAACACCCUAUGUACAAAAUGGUGUUGGCAUACAAUAGCUUUAUUUUAAACUCACAAUACAGACAUUAAAAUACGUAUUCAAAGGUAAUGACUGCACCCGACAGUAACUUCAUGGGAGCAUUCCAUCACAACUUUGUUAAAUAGUCAUUUCAACUCAUCUUGUACUACCUCUCCCCGACAAUUCUCCAGCAAAUCGUUUCAUUUCGGAAAAAAACCCUGGUGGAGACAUUCGGGUAAAACAAGCUGGUCUGAAAACUUUUUACCAUGCAUUUCAAUCAUUUUACUCACAACAUUACUUGUAGUUCAUAUAAAAAUGCAACCCUAUGUUUGGUAGUAAUGUAUUUGUGAAUAAAUGUUAUUAUGGAGAUUCGAGCAUUUUCGUUUAGAAAAAAAACAAUUAGCUUUCACUCUACACACGCACACACGCACACGCGCGCACACAAAACAAUGGGAUCCCGUAUGCCUACACAUGAUAUUGUUUCGACAAACGUGUGGCCCAAGGUAGACUAAUAAGAAAAACGUAGUUACGACUUACAUCAUCUGUCGAAGAAAUCCGAGUGAAUUAUUGAUCACACUGUACAAAGAUCUUGUCUGAACAAGACUACAUCAACGGUUAUUUUAACGUUUGCUUGGCGCUUGUUUCAGUACUUCAUAUAACUUAAAAGUACUGUUAGUCUUUAUGCAUCAUUUCCUUUAAAAAAUAUUCCAAAUUUAAGAACAUGCGAUUUCUCUUCGUUGAAGAUGGUUUUAAAGUUUCGUCAUCUAACAAUAUCUACACUUCCCGAAAACCUGAUAUUAUCACUCCUUUUUUCUGAUUCAUGAGUGCAUGUCAUCAAUUCUGUACAUAUUCCAUUGAGCUCUGACCAGUGGAAGUUAGUGUUCUAAGCUAGUAUUGGGAGUGGUAGGCAUCCUAUGGCCGGUGCAGGAGGGAUGAAACAUCCUGUUACCGAUUUCCUAGGGAGUGGCGGUCCUCAUAAGAGCGAUCACCUGACAAUCCUUUCGACUGCCAUGUGCAGAGAUACGAUUUUAAUAAUGGAAUACGUUUUUUGUCAUUCAGAUUCAGUAACUAUCGACUGUUAGCAUAAUACUUAAAAUGUAUUUUUUGUACUUAGAUGCAGUUAAGGCUCAAGCACGUUGUCUUGGUCGCCCAAACAGGGAUUGAUAGUCGAGAUAGAGAGUGAAGUCGGCGUAGAGCCCUUAGACCACAUCGCCGAACCAUUAUAAAUAUCUGUCUGGGUUCAAUCGGUACUGGAUCACGACGUGAUAAAACGAGAAUCUAAUCAUACGGAAUGCAUCUCUGCUUGUACGGUGUAGAAACACUACAAUUUCGAUAUUCUGAGUUAUUGAGAAAGGAUUAAUUUGUAAUUAUUUAAAAACACAUAAAUGUAAAACAAAUUAACAAAAAUUGGCACUUAUAACAAUGAUGCCGUGCCUUUAAGUCUUGGGGUUGCUGGCACGUCGUAUAUGCGAAUCAAAAUUUGACACAUUGACGGCCGGCAUCUAGAUAGAGACGUCCAAGAAAGUCAUGUUUCACAGAGGCAGCGAACCUUUCGACAGCAACCAACUGGCAUAACGUUACGGAGUGUUCCUCUCAACUGAACGCGCUCAAUUCCGUCGGCCGUCCACUAAAGAUACCCUGAUAAAAAACAUUCUACUAAUAUAUUAAAUUAGUUGACUGUAAUUUUAAUGAAUAUAUAGUUUAAUUUAUAAUGUUUACAUUUUAAAGCAACAGUUAAUGAAUAAUGUUGACUGGAAACUGCCAUUAUGCAACUUUGAGAUAACACCUUUAACACAGAUGGUUUAACCUCUGUGUCCCUGAGGCCGGUGGUUAUCGACUUAGAUGAUUUACAUUUAUAUUUUAUGUUCAGCAUGAGAGUAAACGUAGCUGGACAUGCAUGUGCUGUAUCGUCAUGGUUCCAGACCAUCGGAAAAACGAAAUGGACCAAAAUAAUUGUGUUGUGAACAAUGUCCAUAACGGUAAAGCAUAUCAGUUAUUGAACAGUUAUUUUGUUGGAUAUUACAUCUCGCUUCAAGAUAUACAAUAAUUGUUAUAGCAUAUAGCGAGACAAGAUGCAGUAGCCAACGCAUAUGUUGUCUUUAUAAAGACCUAUGGCCGAAUCAUUAAAUAGUGCUAGUUUAUUGAAAACAGGAAUUGAGAAAUCUCUCUCUCUCUCUCUCUCUCUCUCUCUCUCUCUCUCUCUCUCUCUCUAUAUCUAUCUCUAUAUAUAUAUAUAUAUAUAUAUAUAUAUAUAUAUAUAUAUCGCACCACCAUUAUCCAAUAUAGAGGUUUUUGAAGGCUCGCCUGUCUUUCGUAAAAAAGGUUCUUUGACGAACGGAAACGUCUAUUUCAAAUAAACGACUAGUUACUGGUCUUUCCUGUUGCUAUACACGUCAUAUUAGUUAAGCAUUUUAUACAUUUUAUUGAUAUAAUACUGCAUUAUUGCUAUAAUUAUUUUGCCAGUCAAACGUUGAAUAAUCGUGUAGUUUGUAAUACAAAACCGAUUUAUUUUGCAAUACGUAUGCACAUAAUAUGUAAAGAAAGUUGUAAUUAUACUAUAUGUUAUUUAUUGAUAUUUCGCUUUCAAGUGAUUUAUUAUAAUCUAGCAGGUCUCCUGUUAAACAUAUCAUGCGAUUAGCUUCUGUCAGUGUUGGGUACCUACUUAUACAAUGUGUUGAUGUUAUGUAAAUAUUUUGUUUAAUAUAUUUACUUAUAAACAUGCUUUUUCUAGUCUGUUUAGUUAGUAAUAUAACUAUUAUAUUCGAUUAAAUCUGUAUUUUCUGUUUAUCUGUAUCUCAUAUAUGGCAGUUUUAUUUGUAUUUAAAAAAAAAAUGAAUCUCAUGAAUGUGUUCAAAGGAUUAAAACUAAUUAUGAUAGUUUUAGAUAUGGUAACAUGGGAUGAUGAGAGAACUGAUCAACUUAAUUAAAGACCUCUAGACUUUUUGCAGAUUGCAUAAACUUUGAUGGUGGAAAAAUGUGUUGCAUUCUUUUCACUGCUCAAUUCAGGUUUUGAUUACAUUUUCCUUUUGGCCGACAACAUGUUUGGCGACAGAAAAGUAAAUGCUUCAUUGUAUGGAAAACAUUUACUGGCCCUUAAUUUAUUGUGUUGAGUAUAGUUAAACGAAGUCCUACCAUCCAUAAGGCGUAUUUCUCUCACACUCAUUGCUCAUGUCUAGAACGGCCUUAACUAUUUUCCAAUAUAUGAUUUUAACAGUUUGUGUUCAUACCGCUUAUAGGCGAAGCAAAAUAAAAGAUUCUAUAAAACGAG